AUGGUUCGAAUAAUACCAACAGUAAGUGAAAUAGUGAGUAGAAAUAUCGCCGUGGGUCAUGAAGUCUUGUCAAGUAGCAUAAAAGAUAAGGAAGAACGGAAGAAGUCCACAAUUAGCCACAAACUUGGCUAUUUUUUAACAAUGCGGAUGAUGAUUGCCGUGCUGAUGUCAUCAUGUCUGAUGGCAUUAUCAGUGACAACAACAAAUCUUGCCGGUUCUCUUGUUUGUAUGGUUACAAAAGAUGAUGAAAAUAUGGCUAAUUCACAAAAUCCAAGAUUUCAAAAUGGCAUGGAAGAAGGAAUAAAUGGUUCCGAGCGAAUUUCACAACCGUGUUUACCUAACUCGGAUCAAAACAAUGAAAUGAAAUCGUUAAUUACUGAUAGGCCUGAUCUAGCACGUUUUUCAAAGUCAAAUGCUAAUGGUAAUCAAGAUUACAUUGAGAUACGAUCUUGUCACAUUGAUAAAAGACUGAACUGGACCAUGCUUGAACAAGGUAUGGUAUUGUGUGCGCAAAAUAUUGGCUCUCUUUUUAUGUUGGUGGUGGGUCCACAAGCAGACCGUUUAAAUGGCAAAUGGACAGUGGCCGUGGCGCUAUUUGUCACAAUCAUCAGCAAUAUGAUGUUACCUCUCCUCGCUGCAGAACAUUUCCUCUUUGCAAUCAUCGCUCGAAUUCUUUGUGGAAUUGCCGACGCUCUUCUCACACCAUCGAUUAGCUCGAUGAUUGUCCGUUGGUUUCCACCCAAGGAACGGUCUUUUGCUAUCGGAUUUAUUACUGGUGGCCGACAAAUUGGAAGUCUACUAAUUUUACCAGUAUCCGGAUGGGUUUGUCUUAAAAAGGAUGUAUUCGGUGGUUGGGAGUUUACAUUUUACAUCUCGGCGACAGUUGCUGCCGUAAUGCUGCUUGUCUGGUUGGUUAUGUCAGCUGAUAAACCCUCGAAGCAUUAUUGUGUGAAAAAUGACGAAAAGAUGUAUAUUUUAAGGAAAAUUAACGAGGAAUCAUUGGGAAAGAGAAAAGAACGAAAAAAUACGCCAUGGAAGCAAUUGCUAAUAUCUCGUCCAUUUAUCGUGGGAAUAUUAGCAGUAGUUUGUCAAGAAUAUCCGCUUGUUAUCACCACAACAUUGCUACCAAUUUAUAUGAAAGAAGUGCUUCAUCUAUCGGAUGUCCGCAGUACCUUAUAUUCGGCAUUACCGUUAUUAGCCUUAUGGAUCAGUAAGAAUCUUUCAUCAUCACUGUCAUCCUAUUUGAGUGCCCGGAAGAAAGGAUGCUGUUCGGCUGGAAGGACAGUCCUUGUCAAGUCCUUCAAUGGUAUUGGCUCAGUUGGGCUUGCCAUCGGUCUCCUUAUGAUACCACUGUUGACACACAGUGUUCCAGCCUUGAUCGUUGUUUGUGCUGCGAAUGCAUUUGCUGGUUUGCACACUCCCGGUGUAUUUACUGCUUUGCUACAAAUAGGUCCGGCAUACACGGGUUCCAUCACGGGCAUUGCUUUUUCUGCUGGACAUAUAGCAAACAUUGUAAAUAAACUCACAAAUGGAUUGAUUCUACAUUCGUGGUCCGGUUCUGCCGGUCAGUGGAAACUUCUGUAUGCGAUAUCAGCAAUUGUUGCUUUCUUACCAGUAACAUUUUUUACUCUCUGGGGUUCCGCUGAUCUGCAACCGUGGGCAAUCCCGAAACUUAAACAGUCAUGUGGAUCAAGGAAGAAAGGUGACAACAUCGAGAGCAAGGAUUCCCAAACCACUACUUCACCGACAUAUCUUGCUGAAACGCUUCCCACACCCAUUUAG